UGCGUGUGCGUAUGUAACACACUUGGUGUGAGCGAAGGAAGUAGCGCGAGCCGGGCCAGGGAGGAAGAAAAGGAAGACGUAGAUUUGGCUUACUUUGCUUGCGGCCAAAAGGCAGCCCACAUUUUUUCGGCCACAGCCAAGCAGGCGUUGGUCUCAAAUUUCGGUAAUCGCGCCGCUGGGUGGCAUCAUUCGUUGCGUGAAGAAACAGCGAGCAGCGGGAGCCCGAACGAUAUGUCAAAUGACAGACCAACAAACACACGAACACAUCAAAUUGCGACAGACGUGGUAGUGUAGUAGGCUGCUCUCGGUGCGUUCGUAAUAACCCCCCAAAGAAUCGAAUCGCGAAGAUCAGCAACCUUUUUUUUCGUUCGUGGCUUUUGUUAACUGCGGUGCACUCGUGACACUCGGAACGUGAGUCGUCGGCCAGCAAGAAGACGACGGCCAAGGGAACGCAUCCGUAUUGUAAUCCGCUUUCUUGCGCCGCUGGUCACCCUCUUUCGUGGUCCACUGCGUGGCUGUGUGCGUGCGAGUUGUGUCGUCGUGCCGGGAACAACGUUCAGCAACAUUCGUCAUCGUUUUUCAAUUGCUUUUCCGGCUCUCCGUGUCUCUCUGCCAGUAUUCGGUGAAUUAUUUUCGGUGAUUACCACCGUUCGAGUGGCUGGAACCAUUUACGGGGGUUUAGGGGCACCGUCCUGUGUCCGCUCCAGUAAGGUCUGGUAGCAAUGCCACUACUGCAGAACGCCAGCUAAGCAAGGAAAAGAAGAGCAAAAAGAAGUAGAAGAAGUAUUUCGUCAGUCUGGUAGAGUGUCGCCCCCCGAGUGUGGUGCGAAGUUCGAGAAUUUUUUUACACUUUUCUCUGCGAAGGGAAAAAGUACACCUCCUCCGUUCGUCGUGCAUUGCUGUGGAUGUGCGCUUUUGUUUGAUUGUGUGUGUGUGAGAGUGUAUGUGCGCGCGCCCUGUACUUACAGCCGUCGUGACGUGACGGUGACGGUCGACAUUUCUUCCUCUGGCCGGUAAAUCGAGAAUCGAAGACGACACUGCGUGCGUGCGUGCGUGCGUGUGCCUCGGUGCGUGUAUGUGUCUCUGUGUUUGCAGUGUACGUGGUUCGUGAGGUUCAAAAAUUAAUUCUGUUUCGGUUUCAUUGCCGUCGCGAUCUGUGUGCGGAACACGCCGCCUUGCCCACACAGCCAACCAGCCAACCAGCCAAUCGUCUUGGCACGAAGUUCACUCUUCCAGAGUGCGGUAUCGGUGCAUACCUCCCCCCUGUGUAGUGUGUGCAGUGCAGUUGAAAGGGGCGGUAGUACGUUCGAUCGGUCGGUCAGUAUAAAGAAAGGCAGGCACCACACAACACACCACCGGGAAAAACGACGUGGAUGAGAGUGUAACCGUCUCGCGAGCAAACACGCAGCUAGCAGCCAUCAACACAUACACACACACACAUACUUCCGCCGACAUACAUCGAGUUCAUCGCGUCGUCGCACACUAUCUCUCUGCUGUUGAGCAAUCGACACCAAAGCACAAACGCCACAGCACGAGCCGAGGGGGAGAAGGAAGAGGGGGAAACUGGCCACCGUCUCAAAGACGACCCCACCGUGUGUGACAUUUUCUUCGUCGACGAACGAGAAACACCGAAACAUUUCUUUUCCACUCGGCGCACGAUCGACAUUUGGUGCUGUUGCGUGUGAAGCUCUGAUGCUCUAAGUCGCCGGUCUACUUCCAUACCGCGAAUGUCGUCUUCGUCAUCAUCGUCAUCGUCGUCAUUGUCAACGUCCUAACAGUGACAGUCGAAGUACUAGCAACGUAGCAGCGGGCAAGCCGCGGCGCCCGGCAUCAAUUAGUGACCGGUUCACGGAUGCACAGUUUCCUUCGUCUCCGUGCGAUGGAGCAGCUUAAGACGUCGGUUGACGAGGUGCGUCAGGUUCAAGUGUUGUGCCAUGAUUGCAAGCGAUCCGCAACUAUAUCCUAAAGCAUUUGUGUGAAACACCAAGUACAUUAUCUCAAAGGAGAUGGUCGUGAUGAUGAUCACCAUCUACAAUACCCGAAUAGUGAUCGUAGGAUAGAUUUCCAAAAAAAAAAAAAAAAUGCACACUGCAGCAGAAGCCAGCAGGAAGUGAACCUGCUGCGAUCCCAAGAAUCCGCCAUUCACGUGGAGGAGAGUCAGAACGCCGCUAGCCCACGGCUAAAGCUGCACGAUUGACGAGCUCCACAUCGGAACCCCCGUUCGGGUUCGGGACACGUACCGGGGAGUCCUGGCGGGGUGUUGGCGGGAAAAUGAUUGAUCGGAACUCGUGGGCAAUCGUCGUCGUCGCCGUCUUCAUCACCAACCGUCGCCACUGUCGUCGUCGUCGUCCGGAUCGUGAAGAAGAAGCGCACGAAAGUGAAGCGACGCCGCUCCAUCAAUACCAUCGUCACCACCGCCACCACUACCAUCCUCACCGGCACCAUCUUCAUCAUCCGAGGGACGGAUGAUGAACCGUGCCACGACGGACACCUCGAGCGCAGGAAGCUGCUACCAAUUUCUCGAUCUUAGCGAUGCCGGCGAGUGCGAUGCGGCCACACUGAGGGGUCUCCUCUAUCCUUCUGCAGCUUCAACCGCCACAGAUUCCACGCAAGAUGAGGGUAGCGUUUUCGUCGCUGCUGCUUCUGCCACUGAUACUGGUGCAGGAAAGGACAAUGUUGCUCACGCAGUAGUAGAGUGCCCAGAAGAAGGCCACGGAACAGAAACGGUGGAACAGCAGCCAAAGAUGGUGGAGUUGCGCGAUACCGAUGUCAUGAGCGACAUGAAGCUGCUACUACCGGCACCAGCGGGCAAUCCGAUCGCACUGAAUCCUAAUGCGCAAGCGUUCGAUCCGAUGCUUAUGAUGGUGGUGCUGCCAAACGCCGAAUCAUUAGCUCGCCGCGAUGCAACGGUGGUACAACUUCCGGUAGUGGUAGAACCCACAGUAACGUCGCCACACACAGUAUUAACCAAUGCAGAACGCCAUCGGAUGGUUCCAUUCGCCAAAUCGAUUGCAAACGGUGGAAUGAUGCUUCCUGCUGCAGCAGCUCCUGGACCACUGGUGACCAUGGUACUGCCCCACGGUACCGAUCUCUUGCUGCGCCCUCCGGUGACGCUUCCGGAUCCACCGCCGUCACAGGACCAUGUGCCAGCAGGAGCAGCUGCACCGCCGCCACCACCAGCGCUACUGCCAACCCCUUCGCUUGGUUUCCGGAACGUAGUAAAACCUCCCAACUGCAGCACAACAAUCGUACAAGCGAAGCAACAGCAGCAACAGCAACAGCUUCCUUCUUCGUCUUUGUCUUCUUCUGCCUUUUUCCAGUCGACCAUCAGGGCCGUACCACCAACAGCACCACCAGCAGCGCUGCCGGCGACACCCGUGAACGAGGCACACAGCAGUUCAUUCGUCGUUAAUUCGGGCGGACCAGUAGGCGACGAACCGUGGAUCGCUCACUCGGAUCAACGGAAGACGAGCGGUGGAGGAGCCGUAGCAGCAGAAGAGGUCGCAACACGAACCUGCGUCGUGACAUCCGCUGCAACCAUGCCUCCGCUCACAAACAACGCGCUCCAGCAACCGCCGCCGCCAUCGCAGCAGCAGCAGCAGCAACAGCAGCAGCAACAACCUCCUUCUGGAAAUCAACAACAACCACCGCCACAGCAACAAGGACACAAUGUAAUUGUGCCAAGUGGCCGUGGUACCGGUAGUGCAGGUACCGGAACUGGUGCUGGUGAUGGAAGAAUGGUUAGCGGCGUAGGUGGAGCAUCAGACGGAGGCCGAAACGCUGACCGUGAGAAUGCUAACAAUCAGCAGCUCCAAAGCAUCUCGGUCUCCAAUCAUCAGCAGCAACAGCAGAUGGUUCCGCAUGUCUACCAGCCAAUCCCAGCCUACAUGCAACCAGGCCCCCAUGGGAUGUACCCGGUGCCAAUGGUACCCCAAACCGUCCCUAACAACAACGUGUACGUUAGCAAUCUGACGGCGAAUGUGAAUGUGCACGGAUACAUGAGCCAUCCGAUGUCACCGUACAUGACGACUGGUACCCAGUACCUGCCCGCAGAAGUAAGCUCCGGACAGGAGAUACAGCUAUUGCAAACGGCCCCCAUAAUGCAACCGAGUCGGGGCACGAUGCGUCGUGGUGGUCGCAACAAUCGCGGUGGCAACAACUCGCGCUCUCGCGGUGGCUACGUUCCGCACUUUAUCCAGCAACAGCAGCAGCAUCAGCAGCAACAACAACAGCACCACCACUUUCAUCAAUCGCAAGGUGGAGGAGGAGGCAUGCAAACGCUCGUACACCAUCAGGGUGGACAGUCGGCCCAGGUGUUACAAUCGCAGCAACAGCAGCAGCAGCAAGGUCCGGGAGGUGGUGGUAACGGUGGGCAACAGCAAACGCCUCCAUCAGCAUCGGGCGCUGGCCAGUCACAACAGCAACAGGGACCUCAUCAUCCACCACCACAGCACACACCCGAGCUAAUACACAUGGAUGCUCCGAUGAUGGGAGGCGCGGGACAAUAUGGGGGAUACGGGUACUACAUCCCGGUCAUGCCCUCGCAGCAUCCCGCUGCACAACAUGCUACCGGCACACCGUUGUUUAUGACCCCACCAAUGCCGAUGUACUAUCAGCCUUCGUUGCAUGGCUUCCCGUCUGGCUAUCCGAUGCAGCUGGUUUACCCUCCAGCAGAGUACCCCGUAUACGAAGACAAGGGUGACGAUCAGCAGCAACAGCAACAUGGUGCAGGUGGUGGACCAGGAUCGCACGAUGAGGCGGGCAUGCAUGCGGUUGCCGAAGGUCACCCCGGCAUGUGGGCCGGACCACCGAUGACAGUGGAGUAUCACGCGAUGGAACCGUGCGAAUAUCUUCAGGGACACGAGGAGGAUGGUAGUGGCGUUGGAGCCGGUGGUACCAUUAUGCAAGGUGGUCCUCAACCCCCGCCGCCACAAGGCAUGCAACCACAACCUGCAUCCGGGAUGACGCACCACCAUCACGUACUAGACCCGAAUGUACCCGGCUUCACGAUGCAGAUGCAAUCGCCGGAUGAGUUUUUGGCGUUGCAGGGACCGCCACCACCGCAACCACCACAGCAGAACGGAGCAAAUGGUGUUGCGGGCGAAGAUUAUAACGCACUUAACAACAACACAAUCAUCUCUGCUGUCGCAGGAACCAAUACCUCAAACACCGGCGAAGGUCCAAUACUGGAGCAUCCACCAGCGGUUACAAUGAGUGGAGAUGUCCCGUCACUGCCACAGCACAAUGUUGUUCAUACGCAGGCCGGAGAGAUGGUGAUUGGCGAAGGUGGUACGGGAUAUCUUCUAGCACCUCACCAGCAACAGCAACAGCAACAGCAACAACAGCAACAUCAACAACAGCAACAUCAACAACAGCAGCAAUCACAUCAACAGCAACACCAUCAGCAACAGACAAACGUCAUGAACGCUGUAUCGAUAGAAGUAGCGGAUAUGGUGUUGGUCGAUCAGCAGCGUCAGCAGCAGCAGACGGGUGCAGGUGGAUCGUUGAACAAUAACUUUAUUGUUGAUCAACAGUACAUCCAAUCGCAUCCACCGCCUCAUCUCACACCAAAUUCUGCAGUGAUUCAUCAUGUACCACCGCAUGUGCCACAACAACCGCAACAGGAACCGACCGUUGUUUUGCACCAACAUCAGCCCGCUCAAGAGAUUCCUAUGAAUUUAACGGAACCUCCGCCUCCAACUAACAGUGGCCAUCACCAGCAGCAGCAGCAGCAGCAGCAACAGCAACUGCCGCCAUUUCAUCACACCGUCGAAAUGCAUUCACAGCAGCAGCCGGCUACACAGGUGCCCCAAUUGGUACAGGCAGCACCAAUCGUUGUUGCUAAUGUCGAUCCGCAGCCGGUGAUGAUGGAAGCCGGCGCAAGCGAUACCAACAACAAUUCAUCGAAGCCAAGUGAUGCGGUGGUAAUGACCAAACCAUCAACAAUCACCCCGCAGCAGCCGUCCAUUGUAAAUACUGGCACCCACAACCACAACUCCAAAGCGACCAAUGUUCAUCAACAACAUACUUCACAGCAACAGCAACAUCAACAAACUUCCACUUCAACGACUGGUGGUGGCAAUAUGGCUGGGCAUGUGCCAAACUCCAAAGCGACGCAAAGACAGCAGCAGCAGCAGGUCCAUACUCCAGCCGUCGUGCCAGGACAUCAUCAGCAGCAAACAGCGCCUCAACCAUCUCAACCGCACCACAUCGUCAGUGGUGGUUAUGCCGAGGUAGCCAAGGGUGUUCACGAGCGGAUGGAGAAUCUUUCGCUGAAGGAUGAUCGACGUCCCGCUUCCUAUGCGGCGGCAGCAACAGAAGGCACGCAGCCUCGCCCACCAGCGGCCGCCGCUCCUUCACAGCAGGCUUCGCAAGCCCCUGGUGUAUGGGCGAACAGUGGAACUGGCGGAGCGUCCAAGAAAAGUACGGCGUCCGUAUCGGUUUCGGCUAUACCGAAUAAGGAAUUCAGCAACCGGAGCAAAAAUACCUCUCACGCAGCGUCCACCGAGCUAUCAACAGCAGCAGGUGCUGCAACAAAUGUCUCUCAAUCCUCAUCGACCGGUUUUCGACAAUCGUCUGGCGGUUCUGCUGGUCAGAAAACAAUGGCAAACGUAACCAGUAACGAAUCGGCUGGUGCACACCAUCACCAGCGCCAUUCAAAUGCUGGUUCGAGUGCGACCACCGGACAGGCAACGGGUACGGGUAUUCAUAAUGCGACAAUGGGAGGGACUGCUGCGCCGGCUCCGCAGAUGGAAUCGAAGAAAGUCGAGGCCAUUCCACAGCGAACAGUAUCGACAACCGCGAUCGCUAGCAACAGUAGCAUGAGCGGUGCCACUGCUAUUGAAGCUAGCGCUGGUGGCAAGACUGGUCAUCACCAGCCGCAGCAUCAACAACAACAACAACAACAGCGAGAUGUGGUAAUCGUACCAACAGCAACAAACACGGUAAAAUCUGCGGCCAAACCAGCAGCGAUUACUAUUAACCAUCCGCUAAACGUACCGCCUCCCCCUCACCAUCCACUAAACAUUCCACCACCAAUCAUUGUGCCCCAGCCACAGAUAUCUAGUACCGGUGCCGCCGCUCCACCGCAGCCGAACAAAACGUGGGCCAGUUUGUUCAAUUCCUCUUCCUCGUCAUCUGCUACGCCUUCGUCAUCGGCAACUGCUGUAGCAGCGUCAGUGGCUUCGCCGAAUGUAAAUUCUACAUCUGUGCUGCCUGCUGUACCUACUCCUGGACUGGGAGCAGCAGCCAGAUCGACAACUCCAUCAUCCAGUGGCGCAUCUUCGUCGCAUCACCAGGCGACGGUCGCUGCACCAGUUAUUCAGCAGCAGCAGCAGCAGCAACAACACCACCACCAUCAUCACCAUCCUACUGCCGGUGUCGUUCCGAUUUCUGAAAGAACGGCUAGUCAACCGUCGUCGGCAGUCAAUUUUGCGCCGCCUAUUAAUCGAACCUCGGUCAGUGGUGGACAAACGGCAGCCGCUGCAACACACACAAAUGUUUCUAGCCCUAUCGGUGGCAAUAGUACUGUGGGCGCUAGUGCAGUGGUUACCACCCCCGCCACUACUCCCAAAAAUCCAUCCAAUGAGGGUACUGGAAAUGCGAAGAAACCGGUGGCUAAGGUACAACCAUAUGAACGGAAUCACAUGACAACACCUGGCGUGAUGUCGUACUCUUCAGCCGCUGCCUCUACACCCGGUGCCGCUGGUAGUACUUCAAAUGUUGCAUCGAACACCGGUACAUUGCCACGUGGUGGUGCAGGAAGCAAUGCUAAAGGAUCCACUGGAGCAGGAAGUAGCGACAAGAAGGGAGCGGGAACAUUAUCAAACGCUACUUCAUCGGCUACAGAUCAAAAGGAUGAGUUUUCGCUCAAAUUUGGAGAUUUCCUUAGCGGUUACCACAUUGAAAAUAGCAGCAUCAGCAUUGUGCCUCGUGGAUUGAUUAAUCGAUCAAACUACUGUUACAUCAACACGAUCCUGCAAGCCCUGGUCGCAUGCCCGCCGUUUUACCAUCUGAUGCGAACGAUCCGCACGCUUCCCGCGGCGAAAAAUGCCAAACAUCCGAAACCAUUCAUCGAUGCAAUGUGCUCGUUGGUGGGAGAAUUCUCGCAGCUUCCGAUGCGCUCCAAAAUGCCCCGGGAGAAGGGAAAGAAGGACGACACACCGGAAAUAUCGGUCGAUCCGCCGUUCGAACCGGUGAUAAUUCACAAGAUCCUUAAUGGGGUACGGUCGGAUAUCUUCCAGAUUGAGGGGCGACAGGAGGAUGCGGAAGAGUUUCUCGGCUGUGUGCUUAAUCGGCUCAACGACGAAAUGAUUGAGUUUAUGAAACUCAACAAACCGGAGCAGAGUGUGGUGAACGGGGAGGAACCGACGAAUGGUGAAGCACAUGGGGAAGAGGAUGACGAUUGGAUGGUUAUAUGUGGCAAUCGUAACAAGGGCACCGUGACCCGCACGACCGAUUUUGGACGUUCGCCUAUCAGUGACAUCUUCGGUGGAAAGCUGCGCUCCCGAGUGCAGCGAGAUGGCGUCCCGCCGACGUACAACAUCCAACCGUUCUUUACGCUUCAGCUGGAUAUCGAGAAAGCGGCGUCCGUGAAGGAAGCUCUGGAGCAGCUGGUUGGUAGGGACGAGCUGGAAGGUGUUACCUGUACUAAAACGAAACAGGAGGUAGCUGCCUGGCAGCAGGUGACGCUAGAGGAGCUUCCGGUUGUGCUGAUACUGCAUCUGAAAUGUUUCGAUUACAAAAUGGAUGGUUGCACCAAAAUCCUGAAAACUCUGGACUUUCCGAUUGAACUGAAAAUCGACUCAAAGUUGCUAUCCUCGAAAGGUAAAAGCUACACGGCUAAGCAGAAACAGUACAAGCUGUUUGCCGUCGUGUACCACGAUGGAAAGGAAGCUUCUAAGGGCCACUACAUUACCGACGUGUUCCACGGCGGGUACGGAAGUUGGAUCCGUUACGACGACAGCACUGUCAAGCCGAUGACAGAGUAUAACGUGCUGCGACCACGUGCCCCUCGCGUUCCCUAUCUGCUAUACUAUCGCCGCAUGGAUACCCAUUAUCACGGGACCAACAGUGAUGGUGGUGAUGGCGGCUCUCAUCAUCACCACCGCGGUAGUGGAGGCGGCGAUGGUAGAAGUGGAAGUGGUAACAGCGGUGCUGGUAGCAGUGGUCGUGGCGGUUCAGCGCACUCAUCCACUGGUGGUGAUCGACAUAACUCGCAUCAUCAUCACUACAACAGCGAUCACGGUAGAGGAUCCGGAGGGUAUGGCAGUGGUAGCGGCAGCGGAGCAGGAGGCAGCGGUGGUGGUCAUGGUGGUAGCAGUUAUGGUAGUGGUGGUAAUCACUAUGGCAGUGGAGGGGGCGGAGGGUACGGGCACAGCAACAGUAACCAAUAUGGCAAGUAAGCACCAUUAUAGUAUGCGCUGUUGUGAAUUCAGUAAAGUGUCGAUGAAAGUUGUGUUGUGAAGAAGGUGAGCAAGAUAGAUAUGAACAAAGAAGAAGUAAACGUGAAAAACAAAAAAAAAAACACAGAACAAUUCAUCGAUCCAAAGUACUAAUACGAGCGCGCAA